AUGGCGGACCAAGCAGCUUCCAUCGCGGCGGCGGACAUGCCACCCUCUUCCACGGGUGCUCGUCAGACGGCUUCCACCCCCCAUACACAGGACACCAAACCGAAAAAGCAGCCGACGCACGAGCCGUCGUCGCACGACUCGCCGCGCCCCUCCGUCCAGCCGAUCGCAGCAUCCUUAGACAUGUCGCCAAAGAGCCAUUGCAGCACGGACGGCGGCGGCGCCAUGGCGACCCCCGACGACUGUGACAUGCACGACGACGACAAUGAGCACCAGAUCGACGUCGAUUACUGCAGCUCAACCAGUGAAAACGAAUUCGACGACGACGAUGAAGACGAUGACAUCGACCUUGACCAGUUGAACUUGCAAAACGGCAAGUCGUGUAGCGUCGAAGGUUGCACGCGCGGGGCGAAGCGCGGCGGCGUGUGCAUUGCGCAUGGAGGUGGCCGCCGAUGCCAAGCUGACGACUGCCAGAGCUCGGCCGUGGGCGGCGGCUUUUGCAUUGCCCACGGGGGCGGGAAAAAGUGCACAUUUGAAGGCGGGUGCGAGAACAGCGCGCGCAGCCGUGGCUUGUGUCCUGCGCACGGCGGCGGCACUCGCUGUCGCCAUGAAGGCUGCACCAAGCACGUGGUCAGCGGAGGGCGAUGCGUCGCACACGGGGGCGGCCGGCGAUGCAAAGCGGUCAGCUGCCAGAGCUCGGCCGUGUCCCGAGGCCUCUGUGUCAUGCACGGCGGGGGGCGCAAAUGCAAAGCCGACGGAUGCAACAAACACGUUGCGUCGGCGGGACUCUGCCGCGCGCAUGGCGGUGGGCGUCGUUGCAAGAUGGACGGGUGCAUGUCCAGCGCGCAGAGCCGCGGCUUGUGCUACGUCCAUGGCGGCGGCGGCCGGUGUCAGAAGAAGGGAUGCAGCUCAUCCGCAAAGAAGGGCGGGUACUGCAUUGCGCACGGCGGCGGCCACCGUUGCAAAAUGGACGGCUGCAAGAGCUCGGCCGUCAGCGGCGAAUUGUGCCGGGCGCACGGCGGCGGGAAGCGCUGCAGCAUCGCAGACUGCAAGAGCAGCGCCAAGACGGGCGGCCUCUGCAUUGCCCAUGGCGGCGGGAAACGGUGUAUGGUUGACAGUUGCCGCAGCAGCGCUCAGCGCAUGGGCCUGUGCAAAGCCCACGGCGGCGGUCGCAAGUGCACCACGGACGACUGUGUCAACAGCGCAGUCAGUCGUGGCAAGUGCAUUGCUCACGGCGGGGGCAAGCGGUGCAUCAUCCCCGGGUGCUCCACGACGGCGCGCAAAGGGGGAUUCUGCUUUGCGCAUGGGGGGCGGAGCUUGAAGGACCACCUGAAGGAGUGCGACCCCGCCAGGUUUGUGGUCGGCAAAAUCACAGUCGACGAUGGCGGCGACGACAUGGUGGUGCUGCAGCACGAUGACAACAACGCCAGCCCGGUCAAGAUCGAGCCCAACAACCACGUCGAUGACGACGACAGGUCGAUCGCGACGGACGACGAUCCGACCGAAACGAAGCGGCCGAGCGGGUACUCGUGGCAACGAUUGCAGGAAACCGUGUUGCUCGAGUCGAAAGCGGAAGGCAUCGCGGACGCGGCUUCCGCCGACAACGAAGACGGCAGUAGCUCGGACGGCGACAACUCGUUUCGGCUCCUCGUCUCGGCGGUGCUGUGCAAGUAG